AUGAAUGAAGGUAACUCAGAAUCAGAUUCACCAGAUGGUGCUAAAUAUCCAUCACUUCAAUUCUUGACUGAGUUUCAGUCUCACGAACCAGAAUUCAACUUUCAAAAGACUCUGGAAAUCUCUGAGAAGGUCACAAGUAUAGAAUGGAUAAAUCUGGGUUACAAUGGCUUUAAUCCCUAGCUUAUUACCACAAAUGACAAAGUUAUUAAGCUCUUUCAAAUAAAAACUAAUAAAUACCUAGAUAUAAUAAUAGAGGAGGAAGAGGCCAAAGAUUUGGAUGGGCAUAUGUCAUCAGUAAAGUAGCUAGAGUUACAGAAUUAACUUAUAAUCCCAAGUUUCCCAAAGUAAAAGAAAAUGGAUUAAUUAGAUGAAGGCAUAAAACUGAGAAACACUUACAUAAAUGGUCAUUCGUAUCAUAUUCAUUCAGUUUCGUAGAGCUAUGACUAGGAAUGCUUUCUGUCUGCUGAUGACAUAACAAUUAAUCUCUGGAACAUAGAGGACAAAAGUAAAUCUUACAACAUUUUAAAUAUUUAACCUGCGAAUAUCUAGGAUCUAUAAGAGGUGAUUACUCACGUAGAAUUUCAUCCAAUCAAAUCUUUGGAAUUUAUUUAUUCUUCCUCCAAGGGUUAUUUUAAAAUAUGUGACAUGCGAACAAAUAUGAAUGUUUCUGAUUCCAGCAUUACUAUCAAUACUACUGAUGAGGUAGGUCGUGCUAAUGAAUAUUCAGAGAUUAUCAACUCAUGCACAUGGGCAAGUUUUGUAAAAGGUGAAUCUUAAUAUGAGGCAAUAAGCAGAGAUUUUUGCUCUAUUAAAUUAUGGGAUAUUAGGAUGCCAAAUUAACCAAUCAAAAAAUACUUGGUGAAUGAUUAUGUAGAGGACAAGCUAGCCCAGCUUUACUCAAAUGACUGUAUUUUUGAUCGCUUUGACUUGAAGCAGAAUUACACAGGCAACUUGCUUUCAACCGGAGGAUAUAAUCGUUCGUUUUAAGUUAUAGAUCAGCACAAUAAUUAGAACGUGACACUCUUGGCCAAUGCAGAGAUGAAACGAUUCUAAUCUAGUCAGAUAGUGAGAAAAUAUUAGGAUCAGAGUGGAAAGUUAUCAUCUCCACUUUGGGAAGGGCAGUCUAUUAAUUUUGAUGAGAAGGUUUUGCAUACUAGUUGGCACCCACAUGAAAAUAGAUUAGCGGUUGCCAGCAGCAGCUGCAUUUUUCUUUACUCUUAGUGA